UUACAAAAUGACAAUCAAUGUGGGUAUUGUUGAUAAUAAAAUUAUACCAUACAUAAAUUACCCCAGUUAUAAUUUGUUUAGAUCGUAAUAUGAAAGAGAUCAGUUAAUCUACGGCAAAUAUAUUUACUAAAUAUUGAGACAUGUGUCACAUACUUAGGAUUAUUCUUUAUAGAUUGUGGGCUGUGUCGACGUUAACUUUAUUUGCUGGCCUAGUGGUGUUUUGGUAUUACGGGUUUAUAACGGCAUUUAUUGUUUUCACCUUGGGCAUCUCAGGGAUUCUUUUUAAUGCACAAGACCUAUUGCUGUACUAUCCCAAUGACCCUCCAGACUCAAGAGUGUUUGUCCUACAACCGAGCAACUACAAACUACCGUAUGAAAGUAUAAAAAUAAAUAACAAGGAUGGGAUAAAGAUUCAUAUGUUUUUGAUAAAACAAACGGUCAACAGCAAUCAUAAGCCUACCAUGAUAUACUUCCACGGCAAUGCUGGCAACAUGGGCCAGAGGCUAUCCAAUGUAUCCGGUUUCUUUCACAAAUUAAACAUAAAUAUCUUAAUGGUUGAGUAUCGAGGCUAUGGCUUGUCUGAGGGCUCUCCUACAGAGAAAGGAUUGUACGUGGAUGCACAGUCAGCCCUGGAUUACAUAAUGCAGAGGACAGACAUUGAUGUCAGUAAACUUAUAGUGUUUGGGAGAUCACUUGGAGGUGCCAUAGCGAUUGACCUAGCCUCGAGACUAGAGUACAGGAACAAGAUAUGGGCUCUUGUUGUUGAGAACACAUUCACCAGUAUUCCUGACAUGGCAAAAGUGAUAUUGAAAUGGAAAUAUUUGAACUGGCUACCAAUGUUUUGCCACAAAAACAAGUACAUGUCGCUACAAAAAAUGGGGCGCGUAAUGACCCCUACUCUUGUGUUGUGCGGGUCUAACGACUCUCUGGUCCCGCCGGCGAUGGCCAAAGAGCUGUACAUGCGGUGCGGCGCGGUGUGCAAGAAGAUAGUGGUGAUGCCGGGCGGCGGCCACGACGACACCUGGACCUGCAGGGACUACUACUCGUCCAUUCAACAAUUCCUGUUAAAUGUGCCACCAUUACCGGACGAGAUAGGCCCAUUCUUUGAUGAUGAUACAAAUUCAAAUAGACACACUAUAGUGCAUACAGUAUAGAAUGUACAAGCUAUUUAAUACUAGACAAAAUAUAGUAUGUAUUUAAUUAUAAUUUUACAAAUUUUUAUAUAGAAAUAUAUUUUAAUAGGUUUUUAAAUUUCUGUAGUAAUUACAUAGGUAAUAAUUCCAAAUUUUCAAUGUGUUAGGUACAAAUGGCGAUGCUUAUGAUGAUACUGAGUUAUGUUUUGUUGGGAGUCAGGAUUGUUGGGUGCUCGCAGGACUCUCUGGCUUUUCCAGAAAUGUGUCCUUAUUUUGGUGAUUGCCUCUCUGUACACGCUAAGCCCACAUGCGAUUGACAAUCUGAUUCUGUUGUUUGCUGCGUUUUUCCUAUACUUGUGUAGGAGCCAUAAGAUAUUAUUAAAUGUUAUUAUUACUCACCCGGCAAUCCUGAUUAUCCUCAUUUAAAUACAAACUUAACUUUAAAAAUUCUAGAUGUACUAAUAUUUACAAUAUUUAGUCUUCAAGACAGAUAAAACUAAGCUGCCACAGCUACGACAGAAUAGCAAAGACCUCGGGCACAAUAUCUCUAUUUUUCUUAUCGAAUUAAGUAGUAUAAUCCAGUGAAACUCUAAAGCUGUUGAAGUACUCUAAUGUAACUGACUGUCAGAUUGAGUGUUCAUCAUCUUGUCCUGUGCUCGAAGGUACACUAUCAUGUUGUGGUCCAAAAUUCCUGUGAGGCACAAUCAGCCUCAUACAUUGCCAUGCGUUCGACUGAUUUUGUUAUUUCGCCAGUAUUAAUAAGUAACGUCUUUCUAAGAAAUGCCUUAGUAUGAAAGGGCUGUAGUUAAAUCAAUUCGUUAUAGAAUUAUCAUAUUUUUAUAGCCAAAGCAAUCGGUUUGUUGAUAUUAGAGACAUUCAUUAGAGCCUAUAUAUUUAGCUAGCACAGAAACCAACUAGGUACCUAUUUAUUUAAUAUACCAAGUUGGGAUGUGCUAUCAUUGUUAUCAUAAUAAUUUAUCAUAGCAAUAUACUCAAUUGUUUCAAAUUCAGGCGUUUAUGAGCUGUUUGGCAAUCGUCCGUCCCUACGGUUACUGGUUCAUAUUUUAUGAAUGGCCUUUUUUCAGUUAUUCUUUCAUUCAACAAUACUGUGGUCUUCGAUACACAUAUAACUGACUACAUCCUAGAACCUUUGUCGAUUUGUAUUUUUAUCAAGCUUUAGCAAUAAAUACAUGUUAGCGUAUUUUAUGAUAAUUCUUAUAUAUUCAUUGUUACCUUGUCGGAUUUAUAUAAAAGACGUUCAUAGGGAGUUGGGGAGUCAUCCCGUAAUUACAUCUGUUUAGAAAGGGGGCAACAAACAUGACGUGCGUAGUCACGUCUUUCAUAUCAUAAUUGUAAUUUUUUAACCAACAUUAAGAAGUUUACUAAAGUUACUGGUUCACGAAUGUGACGAGCUGCAAUAACGGAGAGGAUCUAAGAAAGAAUGAUUAUGGUAUGUUUAUUGUGACAUAAUUUAUAGAUAACCCCUAAUAGAGAAUAUGCAUGGAAUACUAAAUUAAUCAUAUUAUGUUUUAUAGCGAAUUGCUUUUAUAAUCUUUAUUCGUAAAGUAUAGGUUAGUGUUUUAGUAUUAAAUAUACUACAAAAAUGACAAUGUUUAAUUAAAUCACGAAGUAUACGCGAGACUAUUGAUCAUUAGUUCAAUGCCACCGUGACGUCCAAAUGCUGGUACAUGUGCGUAACUGUGAACAUGUUACAAGUUUUGUGGAGAAGACACGCGCAGAAUACUAGCGCUAUUUUUUGCAGUGGCCUGAAUUAGAACUACGCUUGCUACUAGCUAACGACUCAGAGAAAUUACUAUGACUAUUUCAGGACCGUCUAUAAAUAAAAAAGAGAAUAAAACCUACCGAUCGAUAAUUUUAAUGACCAAGCAACCUGUCAAUUCGCAUUAACAUUAGUUAUAAUUGCACUCUAUUGAUUUACGUUAAUACAUAUCAGAAGUACACUAAGUACGUACCUGUUAUUUACUUGUUGUAUUUAUUUUCUAUAUUGUAGCUACUGCUGUGAUGUAUAAACCUUAUUCGUGCUGAUGACCUAUCAGGUGUUAUAUUAAUUGUGUAAGAUGAAGUUAAAUGUAAAUCUUCGUGUAAACUAAAGCAUGGAAAAGGCGUCGGUAGGAAAAGCAUUCUACCGUGCAAUAACGUAGUGAGGAAAUACAUUUAUGAAUACGAAAAAUUCAAACUCUUCAUUUUAUCGUAAAAUAGAAUUUAAAUUAUUGUAUGUUAAAUUAAUUUAGAUGUUAUACCUUCCUGUCAAAAGAACUGGUCGGCGAAAAUAUGUAAAAACUAGGACAAGUGCCCAAUUCCGCUAUUUAAGUCUGAAUUUCCAAUUAUUAUAAGCGAUUUUAAUCCUAUUUCCAUUCAUUCAUCAGCCAUUAUGAAUAGCGGAAUUGGGGCCUAGAUCCCAUAAAGAACUAUCUAAUGUUCAACUUUUAGUCAAGUGGCGUUGGCACUCUAAUGUAUGGAGGAUACUUUUUUUUCUAAGUUGCAUUACUUUGAUCUGUCAUCUCGAUCUUGACGAUACCGAUUCUUACCGGUUGUGCAAAUGUGUCACUUGGUUGAGGGUUAAUAUUUAGGAUAACCGACCUCUGCCGGCGCCCUAUUUAAUUGUAGAAAUUAACAAAUGAGAAAGUAAAUACGGCAAUGUGAUUAUUUAUUGGUCAAUGUUUAUUAAAUCAUUAAGAAAAUAUACAUAGCAAGAUAACUUCUUAUACAGUUUAUGAAUUAGUGUAAGGUUUGCCUUUUAUUGAAAAAAAUAGUUAUUUGGCACGUUAAAAAGCAAUAACACUUAUUUAUAUUAUGUAUUUUACUUACUACCGUUUGUGGUCUUAUUUGUAGUGUCUUUAAAAUGAUAAGCCGCUUCCAGAAUUGGCUAUUAUAUUGCCAUGUUCUUUUUUAAUUAUAUUACGUAGUGUACAAGAUUUUCAAGUUUGUAUUUUGUACUUUGAAAUUUUGUAUUUGCUCAUUUUAAUAUUUCCUUAUGUGUGUAGUAGGUACUGACUGCAGCAGAUACUACGGCAUAUCUUUCAGUUCUUUCUAUAGAUAUCGGAUCUUAUACUUCAAGAGAAGAAAUAUUGUUGAUUAUAACUUGUUUACUUAUGUAUUUAGAUGUAAUAAAAUACAAUAUAUUUAUCGCAGAUGAUAUAAUGAAAUAUUAUAAACGCAUGACUUCGUAAGCUCGUUCUUCCACUGCUAUGCAUAAUGUUAGCUGUGUAGUCUAUUAGACUACGCUGGUUUCCAACAAGUUAAUAAAAAAAUCCGCUCUUAUUUUACUAAAUUA